GUAGUGUAAAAAUGGGAUCGUCCCCGUUCACGCAAACUUCCCAUUUUCUCUGGAAGCUGGACCCCCUCUCUGUCUUUCUGUAGCUAUCUGUGUUUCUGUGUCAAAUGGUUGCCUUCUUCAUUGGUUUCUUGAAUCAUAGUUGCCUUUGAUUAUGAUACCAAAAUGGCUUAAUAAUCAAAAACUCGCUGCUGAUGUUAUUAGUAAAGCUUCAAUUGGAUAGCUCUGAUAGCAGAUUGUUUGUUUGGUUGGAGAUUAACAGAGAAAAAGAAAGAAAAAGAAAAAGAGAUGUCACUGAGGAUCAAAGCGGUGGUUGACAAGUUCGUUCAGGAGCUAAAGGAAGCUUUGGAUGCGGAUAUUCAAGACAGAAUAAUGAAAGAGAGAGAAAUGCAGAGUUAUAUUGAAGAGCGUGAACGCGAAGUCGCUGAGCGUGAAGCUGCUUGGAAGGCUGAGCUCUCUCGUCGCGAGGCAGAGAUUGCUCGCCAAGAAGCAAGGCUGAAGAUGGAAAAAGAAAAUCUUGAGAAAGAGAAAAGUGUUCUAAUGGGAACUGCAUCAAAUCAGGAUAAUCAAGAUGGAGCUCUCGAAAUCACUGUAAGUGGUGAAAAGUAUCGCUGCCUGAGGUUUGCAAAGGCGAAGAAAUGAGGCUUUCGGAGAAUGGCUAUUACCAGAAAAAGGGAAAUGAUGGGGCCAAGAUUUCGUGAUUGUGAUAUAUAUUCUUUUCUUGGCCACUUUGCCAGUAGGGAACUAAAUUAAUUUCACACAUUAAAAAUGUACCCAUGUCGAUGUGCUUCAUCACUGGUGAAGAAAAAGGGUUUGCAAUUUAUGCCAAGUUAUUUUUUGAGAAAGCAUUUUAUGGUUUGAUUACGGCUUGGGAAAGAUAUUAGAAUAGCAAACAUGGUAGCUAGUAUGAGAAAUCUCUGAUGAUGGGAUUAGUUGAAUUCAUGAAAACUGUGAAUAGUUUCUUAGUGUAACCAGGUUUGUGCUUGAAUAAUAGAAACCUGUGUUGGUUCAGUGGGA